AUGGUUCUGGUUAGUGAUGUAAGAGGGGUGUGAUGGUACAACCCUCAGCCUCCACCAAUGGAAUUAUGGGCAGGGUUCAACACCCAUUUUCAGGGAUCUUGCUAUAAAGCCGGGUUCAUACAUCCUGGCUUCUGUUCUUUAAUUUGACUGAGAGUGAUUAAACUGCGCUGCUGCUUUUUGGAGACUUUGAAUAACUCAUGAGUUCCAGGAUGGAGACCAAGUCUUACAUGGUUCAGAUGAACGGCAAUGGAGUUUGUGGCAAAACUACGGUAAAUGGAAAAACCCUAAAUGAAAAUGGAGUGAACAGAAAUGGGGUGCACGGGAAUGGCGUCCACCAUGUCAACAUCAAAGGUGCCUUAUACCCGACCAAAUCUAAGAGCCGGAGGCAGAGGUGGGAGGUGAAGCCUUCGGAGAUGGCUAACAACACGCUCAACCCCAUCAGGGCCAUCGUGGAUGGGAUGAAGCUCACCCCGAACCCGGACAAACCCAUGAUCGCACUUUCUAUUGGGGAUCCCACUGUGUUUGGAAACCUGCCCACAGAUGGUGCAGUGCUUCAGGCCAUGAAGGAUGCCAUAGACUCCCAAAAAUACAACGGCUAUGCUCCCUCUGUCGGUUACCUGCAGAGUCGGCAGGCGGUGGCAAACUUCUACAGCUGCCCUGAGGCUCCACUAGAGGCAGAGGAUGUGAUUCUGACCAGCGGCUGCAGUCAGGCCAUCGACCUGGCUAUCAGUGUGUUGUGCAACCCAGGAGACAACAUCCUGGUACCAUGCCCAGGCUUCUCCUUAUAUAAAACUCUGGCUGUUUCCAUGGGCAUCGAGGUCAAACUCUACAACCUGCUUCCAGAGAAGUCAUGGGAGGUUGACCUGCAGCACAUGGAGAGCCUGAUUGAUGAGAGGACUUCCUGUCUAAUCGUCACCAACCCAUCCAACCCGUGUGGCUCUGUUUUCAACAAGAAGCACCUGCAGGAGAUCCUCAAAGUGGCCUCCAGACACUGUGUCCCCAUCCUGGCUGAUGAGAUCUACUGUAAUAUGGUUUUCCCAGGAUGCAGUUCUCCUUCAAUGGCAUCCCUCAGCAGUGAUGUACCCAUCCUUUCCUGUGGCGGUUUGGCUAAACGCUGGCUGGUGCCUGGCUGGAGGAUGGGAUGGAUCCUCAUCCAUGACAGGAAUGAUAUAUUUGGAACUGAGAUUCGACAGGGUCUGGUAAAACUCAGCCAGCGUAUUCUGGGAGCCUGCAGCAUCGUUCAGGGGGCGCUGGAGCGAAUCCUCAACAACACUCCUCAAAGCUUCUACAACAACACCAUCGGCUUCCUCAAGUCAAACUCAGAGAUUUGCUUCAGCGAGCUGUCCUCUGUCCCCGGCCUGAACCCUGUCAUGCCUUCAGGAGCCAUGUACAUCAUGGUUGGGAUCGACAUGGAUCACUUCCCAGAUUUUAAGAACGAUGUGGACUUCACCGAACAGCUGGUGACCGAGCAGUCUGUCUUCUGUCUGCCUGCUUCGGCGUUUGAGUAUCCCAACUUCUUCCGCAUUGUGGUGACAGUCCCGGAGGAGAUGAUGCUGGAGGCUUGUGCUCGGAUCAGGGAGUUUUGCCAGAGCCACUAUCGCCCCCCCAGCCGUGACAGCAAUGACCUGGACCAGUAAUGCAGGGGCGCUGUGGCAGUCUCACGGCUAUGAGCUUUGAAAUCCACCACAACAUUACCCUGAAAUUUUUUUUAAACCCUGCCAUGGCAACAAAAAUCAUGCAACAGAAUAUCUAAUGGUGUAAUUUUUUAUGUAAACUCUUAAGAAAUGAACAAAUGUGAUAUUUAUAUUUUAUACUGACAGCUUGUAUUAACCUGUACUUGUAUAUUUAUAUAAGUCGUAUUACACUUACACACCUCUUCGAUAUAAUCUGCAGCUAGCUUCUUUGUUAGUUUAUGCUUGCGUUUUUUCCUGAGCUACAAGUAGAGGAAGUGAAUGUGUUUGUUCGUUUUUAUAAGCUUUGUAUACUGAUAAUCACCUCCAUACAUGAGAUCUAUCUAUCUAUCUAUCUAUCUAUCUAUCUAUCUAUCUAUCUAUCUAUCUAUCUAUCUAUCUAUCUAUCUAUCUAUCUAUCUAUCUAUCUAUCUAUCUAUCUAUCUAUCUAUCUAUCUAUCUAUCUAUCUAUCUAUCUAUCUAUCUAUCUAUCUACCUAUCUAUCUAUCUAUCUAUCUAUCUAUCUAUCUAUCUAUCUAUCUAUCUAUCUAUCUAUGUAGAUAGACGAAGUAUAAAUGUUGUGCAUUAUUUUCAGACACAGCAUUUUGUUUUGUGCCAUUGUUAACAGUUAAUAUAAUAAACUGUACUGACAUAACAGGUAUUGGCUGAUAUAAUGGAAUCAGCUUCAUAUUAAAGUUUAUUUCAGACAAUAAAGAGAUAAAUAUUCAA